AGGUCAUGUUUUGUGUUUAGCAGCAGUUGAGGAAGCUGCCAAAGUUAAAGAGCUUACAUCCUCUAAACAAGUCAAUAGACAACACCAGCGGUCAACCCUGAGGAGCUGAGGAUAUUUAGGUAGUUUCGAGUAUUCAGCGUGCAUAGUUUGAGGAUCUGAAACCAGCAGCAGUUAGUUUUAACGAGCUAUAAAAACACCGUAGCGAUGCGAGUGUGUGAGUUUUAGCUGGGAGUUGAACAGACAUGGGCGGGCGAAGAUAAACAAUUAUACCGCUCCGGAGGGGAUCCACCCACUCAUGUAUGGACACAAAGAGGAGCCACCACAGAGGCAGCAGUCAGCGGGGCUCCAAGGAGGAAUAGCAGCCCAAACCAGGACCAGGAGAAGGUCUGCGAGCUCCGGAUCAGACACGAUGGGGGGCACGAUGGGACCGGUUCUGCACUGGCUGCACGAUGUGGCGGCUGUGACUCUCCUCAAAGCCCGGCGCACUUUAUUCCAGGCUGCCAUCCUGUUGUGUGUCCUGGUUCUGCUGCUGUGGGUGUCCAUCUUCCUCUACGGGAGCUUCUAUUACUCCUACAUGCCCACGGUGAGCUUCUCCACCCCUGUGCACUUCUACUACACCUCUGACUGUGAUGCCUCGGAGUCAGCGCUUUGUUCAUUCCCCACGGCCAACAUCUCCUUCAUGAAGAACGACAGGGACCAGGUGAUGGCCUACGGGCAGCCCUAUCGAAUAUCUCUGGACCUGGAGAUGCCAGAGUCUCCGGUGAACGAAAAGCUGGGUAUGUUCAUGGUGAAGAUGUCUCCUUAUUCCAAAGGAGGGAUGACUGUCUCAUCGGUGGGACGCUCUACGAUGCUGCACUACCGCUCCGACCUCCUGCAGACCCUGAGUACUUUUAUGUUCUCUCCUUUCCUUCUGACGGGGAUGAGCGAGCAGAAGCAGCUCAUCGAGGUUGAGCUCUUCACAGACUACAAGACGAAUGCUUAUCAGCCCACUGUCGGUGCAGUCAUCGAGAUCCAGUCCAAACACGUGCAGAUCUACUCCUCUCAGCUCCGUAUCCACGCUUACUUCACCGGUAUAAGAUAUCUUCUGUACAACUUCCCCCUGACGUCUGCAGUGAUCGGCGUGGCCACCAACUUAGCCUUCCUCAGUGCCAUUGUGCUGUUCAGCUACCUGCAGUUCAUAUGGGGCGGUAUCUGGCCUCCAGAUCAAGUUAGAGUCAGGGUGAUGAUGGGAGACAACACCCGCAUCCAGCAGAGGAGAGAGGAGGCUCGGAAGCGCAUGGAGAGGGAAACCUCGCAGAAAGAACUAAGUUCUCCUAAAGUGAUUGGACCUGUGAAUGAGACGUCUGACAGCCCGGAAAAGGACGCAGCGGCAGAGCUGUCGUCAAAGAAGCCUUCGCUGAUCCCAGAUGUCUCUGUGGCGAGGAGACAAACAGCUCCGACGUGUCAGACGGAUGCCAGCUGCCUCAGCCGGGGGAGACGACCCUCCGGCAGAGACCCGGGCCGCGGAUGAGCCGGUGAACCAUGCCACCGCACACAGUUGUAGUACUCGCAGUAUAUGCCGCACAGUGUCCCGUCACUCAUCAGCAGAUAUUGAAUGUGAUUUGGCAGAUGUUGUUUGACUCCAUUAAACCCACAGUUUGAGUUGGCCUGCAAUACAAACAUAAAUACCUGUGUUGUACUUCCUACACUUUACCUCAUUGUAAUUUUGACCUCUGCUCUUCCUGCUUUUUGUCUGCUCAGUGGGAAGCAUGCCCAAAAAGACAACAGCAGUAAUACAGUCUUAUGUUUGUGCCAAUUGAGUUUUAAUGAUGUCUGUAGCAGGAGAUACUACAUUCCAGCUCUGGUGUGUCCAGCUGUGUUGCCCGAUGGGAAUUUAGCCUUAACAUCAACAACCGAACACACUCUUUUAAAGUCAGUUGAACCUGUUCGUGUUUUACUUCUCAGAUGUUGUUUAAAGUGGUGACUCUAGAUCAGUAGAGUUGAUUCUGUUUUUGAAUGUUGAUGCCCCGUACGUGAAACUAAAUUUUAAGGUACCUUUUGAAGUUGAAAUGUCAGUGUUUAACACCCUUUUAGAGAAUACGCUCAAACAAGCCUCGUGAUACUUCUAUCUCAGAGGCGUUCUCAGAGCAAUUCGAUUGGGAAAAUCUGCUUAAAAAACUGUCUUUGUUUUAUUAAAUUCCUAGGAAAAAAAAAAGGGUCCAGCCUGCGGCACAUCGGGAAUUUACAGAGAAGUUGUGUCGGCGUGUAAUUGGUAAUUAAACUGCCGUGGCACAUUUGGUUAAAUGUUUCUACAAAGGUGGCGUUCAUUCAUUCAUUCCAUCAGAUCUUUGUAUCCAGUAUCUGUUACAGUGCAGUUUACACUCUGCACUUUAAUGUUGUACAAAUUGUAUUUAUUGUGUUUUCAUUACAACAAAGCACCAAGAUAUUUUAGAUUUGUCUUUUAAGUAAUAUAAGUUUGACUGUUUAAUUAAACAUGUUUGUAUUUAACAUCAGGCAACAUACAGUUUAAUAAGGAUAAGUGAAGUUACAGUUUGGACACUGAUGCUGGUUGUUGUAGCUAAUAAAGUAAAGGGGGUGCAGGAAUGUUUGGUAUAUAGCUCCAUAUAUUUAAGCUGUACUUCAGGGGGAGUUUAGGGUUUAAGCAAGUUUAUGUAAGGCUGUGUACAAGUUGUGCUGAUGUAGAAUUUUCUACCAAAGAAAUUGUUAAACUCAUAAUGUACUGUACUUAUAAGCUGUCAUAUUAGAUUCUAUCAUGCAGAUGUUUCUUGAGUGUUAUUUAUGCUUUGAACAAAUUAAAUAAAUAUACAGCGGCA